UCCAAGGGCGUCUACACAGCAAGACAAAAAAACCCUAGGGAGCCCUGCUGCAGUUGGUGGUGCCGGUGGUGGCAGGGGCGGUGAGUCAAUUGCCUCAGCAGCUGCAGCAAAUGAUUCAUUAUUUGUGAAGUUAACAGCUCAGACCGCUUAAUCUACAAGGACCAAUUUCUUACUGGAGGGAAUCGGUCCAAUAUGAAGGACGUGUCAUUCGUGGAUCUUUUUGUUGGCUUGGCCAUGGCCUCUUUUGUUGUGGCUACAGAGGAGAGGCCUGAUUGCCCAAAGCUCUGUGUAUGUGAGAUUAGACCCUGGUUUUCUCCCAGUUCGGUGUACAUGGAGGCGCAGACAGUUGACUGUAAUGACUUGGGACUCUUUAGCCUGCCGGAGAAAUUACCAGUGGGCACACAAGUACUAUUACUGCAAACUAACAAUGUUGCAAAGAUCGACCAACCCUUGGAUUACCUGGCCAACAUCACAGAGAUUGAUUUAUCGCAAAACAACUUAUCCUCUAUCAGCGACGUCCACCUGGGGAAUCUUCCUCAGCUGCUGUCCCUUCAUAUGGAGGAAAACUGGAUACGAGACUUGCCUGAACGAUGUCUUGCCGAGGUGGCUACCCUUCAGGAGCUCUACAUGAAUCACAACCUCAUCUCCUUCAUUUCCCCAAUGGCUUUCCAGGGUCUCAGCAACCUUUUGCGGCUCCACCUCAAUUCUAACAAGCUGAAGGUCAUUAAAAGGGAGUGGUUCGAACCCAUGCCAAAUCUGGAGAUCCUGAUGAUUGGUGAGAACCCUAUUCUUUCUAUUGAUGACAUGAACUUUAAACCGCUCAGUAACCUCCGCAGUCUUGUUCUCACCAGAAUGAACAUAUCUCAGCUUCCUGAUGAUGCACUGGCUGGUCUUGAUAACUUAGAGAGCAUCUCUUUCUAUGAUAACAUUUUCCCUGAGGUGCCUCAUUCUGCCCUGAGAAAUGCAAAAAAUCUUAAGUUUUUGGAUCUAAAUAAAAACCCAAUCGCGAGGAUACAGAGAGGGGACUUUGUGGAUAUGCUCCAUCUGAAAGAACUGGGGAUUAAUAGCAUGCCAGAGCUAGUUUCCAUCGACAGCUUUGCCCUCAACAAUCUCCCUGAGCUGACCAAAAUAGAAGCCACCAACAAUCCUAAACUCUCCUACAUCCAUCCUAAUGCUUUCUACAAACUACCGCGCCUGGAAACCCUAAUGCUAAAUGGCAAUGCGCUCAGUGCCCUCCACAGGAUCACUGUCGAGUCCCUCCCAAAUCUCAGAGAGGUUAGCAUGCACAGCAACCCCAUCCGCUGUGACUGCGUAGUGCGCUGGAUGAACAUGAACAAGACCAACAUUCGCUUCAUGGAGCCUGAUUCACUGUACUGUGUGGAGCCUCCCGAGUAUGAGGGCCAGCAUGUCCGACAGGUGCACUUCAGGGAGAUGAUGGAGAUUUGCCUGCCACUCAUCUCUCCCGAAAGCAUGCCUGGGCAUAUUAAAGCGCGGAAUGGGAGCACGGUGUCACUCCAUUGUCGGGCCUUUGCUGAGCCAGAGCCGGACAUCUACUGGAUCACACCGUCUGGUACCAGGGUCCUGCCUAACACCGUGUCCGACAAGUUCUACAUGCACCCAGAGGGAACUUUUGACAUCUAUGACGUAACAGAAAAUGAAGCUGGUCUUUACACUUGUGUUGCCCAUAAUCUGGUUGGAGCUGAUCUUAAAUCUGUUUCGGUAGAGGUGAAUGGAUAUUUUCCCCAACCUGUAAAUGGGUCUCUGAAUGUCAGAAUCAAAUCAGUGGAGACAAACUCCAUCAUGGUUUCAUGGAAGGCCGGCCCUGGUGCCCUGGCUCCCAACAUUAAAUGGUACACAGCGUCAGGUGUUAACCAUCCCACCACGGCGUUCACCACCAGGGUUCCCUCUGACGUCCAGGUCUACAACCUCACCCAUCUCAGCCCCGCCACUCACUACAAAGUAUGUGUGGAUGUGCGCAGCAUCCACCACAACCAUGACACCAAAUGUGUCAAUGUCACCACUAAGGGAUUAGAGCUGGCAGCCAAGGACACAGAAAAAUGGGACACAGCAGUAAUCACCGUCUUUGGUGUGCUCUUGGCUGUGAUUUCAGUGGCAUGCCUGUUUAUUUAUGUGUCUCUGAGGAACCACCACCUUUAUGGGGAUAUAAGGAAAUGCGACUCCAAAGCUUCGCUGACACCAGUGGAAGCUACCGGUAUGCACUCUCCUUUCUUUACAAAGCUGUGGGUUUCGGGUAAGGGACUGCCAAGUGGAGUGGAAGUCAAAGCCACAGUCAUAAAUGUAUCUGACAAUGCCUUUUAA